AUGGGUAUUCAAGGGCUUUUGCCGUUGUUGAAAUCAAUCAUGGCACCGAUUCAUAUCAAGGACCUUGAAGGUUGUAUCGUCGCCGUCGAUACAUACUCAUGGCUACACAAAGGCGCUCUAUCUUGUAGCCGCGAGCUCUGCAAAGGAUUACCCACCUCGAGGCAUAUUCAAUAUUGUAUGCAUAGAGUGAAUUUACUUCGCCAUCAUGGAGUGAAGCCUAUUCUUGUCUUCGAUGGAGGUCCGUUACCGAUGAAACUAGAACAAGAGAAUAAGCGUGCUAGGUCCAGGAAGGAAAAUCUUGCACGUGCAUUGGAGCAUGAAGCAAAUGGAAAUUCCUCGGCUGCUUAUGAAUGCUAUUCAAAGGCUGUAGAUAUCUCACCUUCUAUUGCACAUGAGUUGAUACAGGUUCUGAGGCAGGAGAAUGUUGAUUACGUUGUUGCUCCUUACGAAGCGGAUGCACAAAUGACAUUUCUGGCUAUUACUAAGCAAGUUGAUGCAAUUAUCACUGAGGAUUCUGAUCUCAUUCCUUUUGGCUGCCCAAGAAUCAUCUUUAAAAUGGACAAGUUUGGCCAUGGUGUUGAGUUUCAAGCCUCCAAGCUACCCAUAAAUAAGGAGCUCAGUCUUUCUGCAUUUUCAAGCCAGAUGCUUCUCGAGAUGUGCAUAUUGAGUGGCUGUGAUUAUUUGCAGUCACUUCCAGGAAUGGGGCUCAAAAGAGCCCAUUCACUCAUUACAAAGUUCAGAAGUUAUGACAGGGUAAUUAAGCACUUAAAGUACAGCACAGUUUCAGUUCCUCCUCUUUACGAAGAGUCUUUCAAGAAAGCUAUGCUGACGUUCAAGCAUCAACGGGUCUACAACCCAAAAACUGAAGCUAUUAUACACUUGUCUGACAUUUCUGAAGACCUUGGCGAAGAUUCAGAUUUUGAACACAUGUUAUUUGAUUCCUUAACGUCGUUCACAUCGAUGCCACAACAUAUUGCUAAGGGUAUAGCACUGGGCCAGCUUGAUCCAUUCACACAGUUGCCGUUCCAGGCUGAGAGUGUUACUCCUAAAUUGGCUGUUGAUGAUAUUUCCCGUCUCAAAAGUUUCAAACCUGAAACUCUGAAGAAAAAGCUUGAUUUGCCGGUCCAGAAAAAUCUUCUCACCAAGUAUUUCUGCUUUGCAUCUAUUGAGGCAAAAAGAAAAUUCAAGGCUCCUAGGAUAUCACCAAUGUCUCUGACUCCAACUGAUGAGUCUUCAAGCACUCCAGAGGAUAAUGCAACAGAUGUAGAUGCUUCGUCGAGUCAGACAACAGAUAAAUCACCGGUUUACAGCUUGGGUGAGAAUUCAUUUGCUAGCAAAGUUGCAGAGGAAAGAGAGUCACCCGACGACGAUUCACUGGAAAGGAAUCACAAAGACCUUGAUCACAAAUACAUAGAACAGCAAGUGGGGAGGCUGAAGACAGAUAGUUUGAAGGUUGUAGUAAGAAGCAAGUAUUUUAAGCAGAAGCAGGAGGACAAAAUUCUUAAACAGUUGCUCCCAUGUCUCAAUGAUUUCUCUGUGAUUGAUCAGAGAAAGACAGUUAAAACUGCAAUAAACAAUUCAAGCGCGUCUACAAGAGAAGAAAGUCACAGAGCUAUAGCAACAAGUCCAAGUUUCCAUCAUGAGCGAAUCUACAACAAUCAUGAAGAUGCCAAAGAAGCGAGCUCCUCUGACAUGAACGAAGUGGCUGAGAGAACAACAAACAUCAACAAGAUAAACUAUCAGAUUGAUAAAGACAACCAGAACACAUCCGAUGAGAUUCUUCCUGCCUUUGGUACUCCCAAGAAUGUUACGCCCCUCUCUUCCAUUCACUGUAAUAGUUUUCCAGGAGCUGCAACAGGGAAAAGGAAGCUUAAGUCAGAUGAAAACCUUGAGAAGGAAAAUGUGAAUUCCAAGCAUAUGCGCAUAGAUGAAACUGAUCCUGCUGUGACUGCAGAAACAUCAUUUGAAACGGACGAUGCUAAGAAGUUUGGAUCCAACAUUUCACAUAUAGGGCAUUACUCAGAAAUAGCAGAGAAAUCUGUGGAAAGAUUUGUCUCAGCUAUAUCAUCUUUCAGAUAUUCCGGGCCUGGCUCUCGUGCUAGUGGUCUCCGUGCACCUCUCAAAGAUAUCCGCAACACUUUUCCGGUCAAACGGUCAUCUCCUAAACUGGACUUCAACAAGUUUGGUUAUUCAUCCAGCAACCAAAACACCGCGAGAAAGACAAGGCGAUUGUGA